CACUUCGCAGAUAGCAGCAGGCUUCUGAGGAUUGACGACGUUCCCAAAUAAUCUGAGCAAUGCAGUCCAUCGACAAAGGACACGAGCCUCGGGAUGUGGACGUAACGGCCGCCACUAGAGGAGUGUGGCUUGUAAAAGUGCCUAAGUAUUUAGCUGAAAGAUGGGAAAAGGCUGAAGGAAACAGUGAAGUGGGAAAGCUAAGACUUACAAGAUCAAACAGGCUGCCAUCAGGACAGAAGCCAGAGGUACUGUUUACCUCCAGUGACACCAUCAUGGCACAGGUUGGUACAGUCUCUGACAUUCCUCAUCAACACAAGUUUGCACUGACUGCUGUUGCAAAUCAAAAUCUUACUGUUUUCUCACAAUCACCCAAUUUAGAUCGGGUAUUUAUUGAAGGAAAAGUCAUCCAACGUGGAGAAUGCCAUCCCAUAGCUGAUGACAACUAUAGAAAACUCAAACGAAAGCAACUUGAAAUCAACAACAAACCCAAGCGAGAGAUCGUUCUUCUACAGCAGGUGGUAAUGGCUUACAAACCACGCAGUGAUCACAUCUUCAGUUCAGAAGAAAGGCAAAAGAAGAAGGAGGAUGCCAAGAGGUCAAGGCUAGAUAGGGACAGGGUCAUGGACAUGUUGUUUGCAGCCUUUGAGAAACAUCAGUACUACAAUGUCAAAGACCUGGUGGGCAUCACCAAGCAGCCUAUUCCUUACCUGAAGGAGAUCUUGCAGGAGAUCUGUACUUACAACAUGAAAGCACCUCACAAGAAUAUGUGGGAGCUCAAACCUGAGUUUCGUCACUACCGUCAGCAGGAAGGCAGCUCAUAAAAUAGGAUUCUGGUGUUGUAUGUGAGACAGCAGGAGAGAAUGAGAGAGAAAAUGGAAAUGUAAACUUAUUCUUUUAUGGACUCUGUGUGUGUAUGUGUGUACACAUGCGUAACCUAAAUGAAGAAAGGAAAAUAAGACGAAGAAAUAUGUUUGGUCAAAUGUGUGAAUGCAAAAAAAAAAAAAAAAUUGAGGCAGUAAAGAUUGAUGAAGAGUGAA